UGUUUUGUUAAAGAAUUUAUCAUUGGAUACAGGAAACGAUGGCAGAGACGGAGGGCAUCAAUGUUACGGUGGCUGUGACUACUGAAAAUGAGGAAAUACGUCGGGAAAACAAACAACUGUUGAAAGAGAUAGCUGGGCUAUGCAACAGAAGGGACAAAACAGAUGUAGAGAAAAUACUGUUACUUGGAAAGAUUGGGGCUGGCAAGAGUUCAAUUGUUAACACAAUAAUUAAGGCCCUGUCUGGGAAUUACAUACCUAAAGCUAAAGCAGGAAAGGGUUCAACACAGUCAAAAACUUUUACAUUGGAGAGAUAUAUCAGUUGUGGUGUGACUGUGGAAGAUGUAGACGAAACAGAACAACAACAUUCUGUUGUGUAAAUGUUACCCCGCUUGCCCACCAUCUUUGAUGUUGCCGGAAAGGAUAACAGCGAUAAUGUGGAGUUGCAGGAAAUUCUAGAGCUUCUUAUUGGAGGUCAUGUUCCACCGGGAACCAGCAUUGAAUACCUGGAAGAAUUACAGAAGGAACACAAAGUUGGCUCUUUAAAGGAGACAAUAUUUAAGAAGAGCAGACCAGAAUGGAAAAUGACCAAAAUCGUGUUCGUGCACAGUUGCCGGGGGGUUGUUCCAACAGAUUUAAUUCACUGCCUCCAAAAAGUGCUUAAAAGAGCUGACCCGAGAACAGCACAGGUCAAAUAUUCUGCAGAUAUUUAUGUCGUUAUAACUAAGUUUGACUUUGUAAGGGAUGUUGACAAGUACAUCUGGUCUUCGGACGAGCCACAAAUAUCUAUAGAGGAGUUCAAAGAGGUUGAAAAGGCAAUUGAAAAAGAGUUCAGUCUCCAAGGUGCGUUGGAAGAUAACCGGACACGCUGGGUUAGUUACACAGAUGGAACUGGUACCGAUAAUCCAUACAUAGACAAUAUCGCGCUGAAGUUUGUAAGGCGCAUGGUCAUGCCCAGAAAUCAACCGGUCGAUUCCGUGAAACCCGUGAUUACAACAUGGACAAAGAUGGAACUUAAAACGAAAAGAAUCUGUCUGAAAGUUAAACAUUUUUUUCUUACUGAACAAAACUUCAGUUUUACUCAUUUGAUUAUCAUGUUUGCUGUAUUAAUUGCAGCAGUAGUGAUUAUGUACUGCGUGUAUAAGGUAUUAAAUUCUUCGCCUGAAUUUAAGAAGAGGAUGGAUGAUGAUUAUUUUUAACCAGAUUACUGAUUGUUUUAUAAAUACUGACAGAACUAAAAUAUAGAAAACUCUCUUACUGUUGCACUGCACUAUGUAGAAAUUUUACCUAUCAAUGAUAUUUAUUACAGGAGUUUGGUGAAUUCUGUUCUAAAUAUACAACUAACACUUGUGUUCCAAUUAAAAGAUGAACAAAUGCGACGACUGAUUGCAUUUCUUUUAGAACAUCCACUGUACAUUUCUUUAUCCUCUGCCGAAGGUGGACGAAUAUAUUUAUAUUUGACAUUGUCCGCCUGUAUGUGUGUCCAAAAUGUAAAAUGUUUAUAAUUUAAAAAUAGUAUUUAAGCUGGAAUCAACAAACGUCACAUAAUAGAAUUAUUGUUGAUUAGUAUGUUAACUUUACUCACAUUUAGUAUUACCCGCCUUGACCCAGUAAAAGUAGA